CGACGUCGCAACAAACUACAAGCCAGGUGGCACAGCAAGCACCCGCCGCGAGCGGGACGACCGCGGCCGUGAACCAAACGCAAACACAAACGCAGCAGAUCGUAGCUGCCGCGGGGGAUCCGCUGAGCAACACGGCAGCCGGCAAUCGGCAAAUCACCAUGCAGCAGACGACGACCUACAGCACGAAUUACAACGUCGGGGCCGCACCAGUUGUGGGCUACACCCCAGCAGGGCACUUAGUACCCACACUGCACCAGCCCUUUCUCGUCCGCCCGCCCGCCUAUCGUACAGAAAACGCAGCUAGCAUCAUGUCAUGUGUAGUGUAAAAUUUUGCAUGCGAACAGCCAGUUCAUUCUCAUUGUUUCCGGUUCUCAGUAUGGCGGGGAUUCAUUUUUAGAAAGAGCGUCCUCCCACGAAAUUAUUUUUGUCUUGCAGUGCUUGCUUCCAUGUGUGUCCAUCGUACUUACGUGCAAUUGAUGAUAAGUAAGUAUGUUGGUGUUCAUCUUCAGCUUGACGCUGUGCUAUUUCUUUUCUCUACGAUACUCCGGGAGCGCAACCGGCGACUACAGUUUCUGACGCGGAUUACCUGCAGGCCCUGUACCGAAACCUGGAACUGCAGACGCCGCAGGUCCCGCAACUCCAGCUCCUGCUUGGGGACGUGGAGCAGAAACAGGACUACGCGAAUGAUCUGAAUGUCCAAACAACAAACUACAACAGCAGGAGCCCAGGCACUACUACCAGUGCGGUGCUUGGUUAUUUGAAUAAAGGGGAGGGACUUCAGGAAUCGAAUUUGGAAAGAAAACCAGCGGGUGUAGUUUUGCCGAAUGCAACUACGACUAAGACCAACUACGACUACGAAGUAGUAAACCAGAAUCCGUACGUGAUGAAUACGACACAGACUGCGUUGCAGCCGGUCCGCGGUCCACAGUCGUACUUGCAGCAGACCCCGGGUGGCGCAGACGACACCGGCGGCUGCGGAGUGCAGUGAAAGGUUGCGGCUUAUCAGGAUGCAGGCCGACUUUUGCAUUUUUAGAAGAAUUUGUGGCUCAUCUUCGGUGGACGGGGCAAAAGAUAGAAAAACUACAUCGACU